GGCAGUACGAACAGCAAUUCACGUAACUUUUGACCAUUGCCAAUAUUAGUACAAAAAAAAGAGAUGAACCUAUUUGUAAGGUGAAUUUCAAAAACAACAAUUUUUUCAGAAUUGUAAAAAAUCAAUAAAACCUUCUAUAUAUGCAAGUUUUUUAUAUUGUUAUGCAGUCACUCCUCGUUGUUAUUUUGCAAUGAUGUCAAUGAUUUCGUCAUUUCGUCGUAAAUGUGCAACAGUGAAUUACAUGUGAAUGUUACUUCAGGUGUAAAAUGAUAACAAAGUAUUGAAAAACUCUUAAACACAAUGUCAGACAACGAUUUGUUUCGCAUUUAUCAAUCACGUGGGCUUGAUCCGCCUGAGAGAGUAAUAAGCAUAGGGUAUUUUCGUAUAAAUGAGCCUAAUGGUCUUCCAAACAUAGAAGUAACUCUAAUAAGACAUCUUUCUAAUAUAAGGUCGGAGAGACAAGCCAAUGCAUUGAGUAAUGAAGUACCCAAUGCUCAAGCUGAGGAGGUUGUACCUACUGAAGAGCCAUUAAGAGAACUUACAGAUGGCACACAGUCAGCAAGUGAUGUAACUGAUGGAGCAUCUUCGCCAAAUCAUCCAGAAGUCAGUGCACCAGCAGCAAAUUCAGAUGACGACAGGAGAUAUUGUUGGGUAUGCUUUGCAACGGAUGAAGAUGAUGCAACUGCUUCAUGGGUAAAACCAUGUCAUUGUCGUGGUACAACAAAAUGGGUUCAUCAGGGUUGUAUACAAAGAUGGGUUGAUGAAAAACAGAAAGGACAUGCGGGCGCUAAUGUAGCAUGUCCACAGUGUAACACAGAGUACAUUAUUGUAUAUCCAAAUAUGGGACCGUUAGUAGUUGUGUUGGAUAACAUUGAUGGUGUAAUUUUCCGAAUUUGUCCAUACAUAGCAGCCAGUAUAGUUGUAGCAUCUAUAUACUGGACGGCCGUAACGUAUGGAGCAGUAACUGUAAUGCAAGUAGUUGGAUAUAAAGAUGGAUUAGCUAUGAUGGAACAAGCUGAUCCUUUAGUGUUAUUAGUUGGUUUGCCAACAAUUCCAAUAUUAUUGGUAUUGGGUAAAAUGCUAAGAUGGGAAGACCAAGCUCUUAGCCUUUUCAGACGACAUGCAUGUAAGGUUCCUAUUCUGAGAUAUUUACUACCCAAUAGUUAUUCUAGUGAUGAUAGAGCUCAAUUUGAAGACAUACCACCUAUGAGCGAUCCAGUAUCAGCGACGCGUAUUCUUUGUGGUGCACUUUUACUACCCAGCAUUGCCAGCAUAUGUGGCAAAAUAUUCUUUGAAAGCAUACACUCCAAUUUUCAAAGGACGUUACUCGGUGGUAUAGCAUUCAUAACAAUAAAAGGCGCAUUCAAAAUAUAUCAUAAACAACAGCAGUAUGUAAAACAAUGUCAGCGUCGUAUAAUGGAUUAUACGGAUGACAACAUUGCAUUAUAUAGAAGACAACAAAAUUCCGACACCAAUCAAACAAGUUAAACAUAAAGUUCAAAAAUAAUAUGCUAUACUAAAAACAUUUACUUCCUCAGAUUUAGAGGAUUUAAACUUCUUAGUGUACUUUUAUCGUAAAAACAAAUGUCCACUGUAUAACUUUUAUGUAACAAUGUAAGUUUAUGGGUACUAUGAUCAAAUUUAACAAAUACGUAAGUAUAUACAUAUAUUUAUAUAUUUAUAUACAUGAAUAUAUAAAUACAUAUAUAUAUAUUUGCAUAUGAGAAUGGGAAACUGUCAUUACAUACAUAAUUCUGAGAAGCAAAUUAUAAUAUGUGUCUGACAUGAAACAAUUAAUUGUAAGAAAUGUUAUAUCUCUUAAAUGUGUUAGUAGAACAACAAUGUCUGUUCAUUCUUCCUGGAAUAGUAAAUAAGGAAUACAAAUU